CAGUGUAUAAAUGAUAGCUUCUGUCUGCCCACAGCAUUGAGUGUCAAGAAGAUGAGAAUGCAGAAGAUCUCAAACAUGCAGAUACCCCUGUUGGUGCUGGGGCUGCUCAGCCUGACUCUACUUGCAUCUGCCCAGGAUGGAAGAUAUGAGGACGUGGUAAAAAGUUUCAUCAGGGAAUACAACGGGAAGUCAGGAACUGAAAACCUCUUUCGACUCUCCAUCCUGAAUCUGGCACCUGGGGAAAACGAUGAUCCUGCUGCUCCUCGACCUCUGAGCUUUACCAUUGCUGAGACCGUGUGCCUCAAUGCUCAAAAUCGCAAUCCAGAUGAAUGUGACUUCCGGGAAAAUGGGUUGGUGAAAGAAUGCGUUGGAACCAUUGCUCUGGAUUCUACCCAGAACUCCGUUGAUAUUUCCUGUGAUGGGCCUGAAAAGAUCAAGAGAAUUGGGCUGAUAAGACUGAUUGGAAAAAUCUUGAGGGGACUCAGAAGACUUGGCUAGGAGGUGAGACUCCUAUGGAAGACUGAGUCUCAGAUUUUGUUUUAAGGCCUGCACUCUGCCUUGGCCUCUUCAAAUGAAUAAACUCCAGUUUUAUUCUUUCUGCA